AUGUUGUUCUGUCUUUAUUUCUGUGUGCUUAAUCCCUUUCCUUUUGAGGUGAUUUUUGCAGCUAUUCAAUCCAACAGUGUUACGGGUACACCGGCGAGGUUCCUCGCAAUCCAUGUGACGGCGGAACUCGGAGAAAUUGGACCGGGUGCUUGCCGGUUUGUCAACUUAAUCGCCGGAACCCGGUCCAGGAUAAAACUGGAUUUUUUUUUUGUGCCCAGCAUACUGCUCAACAGGUGUAAACAAUUCACACAAGGUUCGACUCCCUCCUCGCAGGAUGUUACUCAACAGAAGACAAGAAGAGUGUGGUGUCAGUGUUCCUGCUGGAUUCCCCUGCAGAAAACCUCUGCACCACGAAGCAUCCUAUUUUCUGCCUUUACAAGACCUGCAUAUCAAGAAAUCGAUGAAAACACACACAGAAAAAGCACAUACCUUGAGGCCGUCGUGAACCCGUAUCAAGCAAGUGGCUCUCAUCCCUGGAGACAACGUUCCAUUGGCAGUGGCCGCAGAGAAGAUGAGCUGCAUGUUCUCGCACAUGACCCUCAUGUUCUCCAUUCUGUACAUCAUGUUUUGCGCAGUGAAAUUCGCCUUGAGCGCGAGCCUGAGGCUAAAAACCACCAUUCCAUUACCAUGAUCCUGCUCCAGGGUCGGCAGCACCCAUCCCUGAACCUUCUUCUCAUCGAUAUUAUGCUCGACCGGCAUACUGAAGUUAAACUCCGUGUGUUGCAUCUGUCCCACAUGGAAGGGCCUCACUGCAGAUAUCCCGAGCAGAGCCUCCUUAAAAUGGUGGACAUGACUCGAUCGAAGCUGAUGGCGAGGUCCUUGUUGGCGUUUGUGACCGAGAAGCCCACGUCCCAUGUGCCUGUCAGGGUCGAGUUUGAGACGGUGAAGUUGGAGACUUUGAGUGAGGCGACGUUGAAUUCCGGGACGUAUGUCCCGAAGGACAACCACACGACGAGGGUCAUCAAGCACAUGAUGGUCACGAGGACUGACAUGAGGACGAGCAUUAGACGGCCGAACGAAGACGAUGAACUGUCCCUGCCGUCAGAAACCAACGUCUUAUAA